AUGGAUAAAAAUGAUACAUCGCAACUCACAGAAUUUCCGCGCUUUGAGUCAACAUCGACUCAAAGUGGAGUAACAAUGUUUUUUAAUAAGUUAUGGAAGCUACCUUUAUUUUCCCCAAGUGAAAACAUCGAUAAUCCUGAAAUUAAAGCAUUGGGGGAAAGAAAAGACUCAAGUAUUGAUGAUGGAAGUAAACGGGAAGCUGAUAGUAGGGCUGAUCUGAGUGGUCCCAGUAUAGAAGGACGGAAUGUUAUUAGAAAAAUAAGUGCUUUUAGCUCUGGGAGUGGGGCCCGCUAUGCUGAUACAGAUCUCGCUAGAUAUUGGAUGCCAGAUGAUAUAUCCCGGGAAUGUUAUGAAUGCGCUGCUCGUUUUGGCGCGUUACGUCGUCGACACCAUUGUAGGGUAUGUGGACAGAUAUUCUGUUCACGCUGCUGCAGUCAACGUGUUCCAGGUCAAAUUUUUGGUUGUGGUGGUGACCUGCGAGUGUGUACAUAUUGUUGCAAUGUUGUACUCAGCUACCUGAGGGAGAAUGACAUUACAGGAGAAAUAUCACCAGAUUUACGUAUUUUGCAAGAGAAUUUACAGACAAAAUUUCCAGAGAACAAACAAAGUGCAUCUGUUAGCCGCGACUUUGUCUUUCAUCGGGAACAAGAAAAUUGUGAAGUUAGAAAUACUUCAAAGGACAUACAUGAUAUCUACAGACAGUUAUCAUUCUCAUUACCAACCCAACAGCAUAGAUAUCGUUUAGUUAGAUAUAAUAAUGUUUGGCGUGGAUGUGAUAUUAUUCAGUGGGUUAUGGAGAAUACUGCAAAUAAGACGAGAGCUCAAGCGUCAAUGUUCUGUCAGAGUCUACUCCAACAAGGCUACAUGGAUCGUGUUACAGACCCACCUUACUUUGCGGAUUAUGGACUCUACAAGCCCCUAAACUUGGCUUGCACCGACAGUAAUUCGCCCUCGGAAGAACAGAGUGAACAGACGGAACCUGCGAGAUUGGUGGAAAGCAUAUCGUCAUAUUGUCUAGACUUGAACUUGGGAGACAGUUCAGCUCGGCUUAUUAAAUCUACAAAAAGAGAGACAGCUGUUCAAGAACCAGAAGAAGAAGAACAUCAGGAUAGAGAAGACAGUGAAAUUAUCAAUGCACCAAAGCCAGUUUGCAAAGCGAUAGAAGAAUCUGGGAUGGAACAUCUUGGUCUGCUGCUCCGGCAGUGUCUCGCUAGACAAGCGCUUUCCGCAAGCUGGGCGGAUGUGUUGUUUCCUCUCUGUGUACAAGCUGCCCAUAUUACUGUCCCUGACAUAAUGGGCGCGGACAUUGACGUACGCAAUUACGUACAAGUGAAGAAAGUGGCAGGCGGGGACAUGCGGGAUAGCGUCGUUAUACCUGGUGUCGUUAUAACGAAGAAUGUCGUACAUAGGGGAAUGCCACGACAGAUAACGAACCCGACAGUCUUGCUCCUAGAUUGCUCUAUAGCGUAUCAAAGAGUAGAGGGAAAACUCACUUCGCUGGAGCCGGUUCUUAUGCAGGAACAAGAAUACUUAGUCCGAUGUGCAGCGCGCAUAUCCGCCCUUCGUCCGCGAGUGGUGCUGGUCAAAGGUGGAGUCGCGCGCGCCGUUCAGGACGCUCUUCGAGAACAAGGUGUGGCUCUCGCUAUCGGCGUACGCGACAGAGCCUUGCGUAGAGUGGCCAGAUGCGCACGCGCAGAUCUCGUAGCAUCUAUUGACGCGAGGAUUGGUAUGCCAAGACUGGGAACUUGCAAGAACUUCUAUAUAAGUAAUUAUUCAAGCAAAACCCUGAUGGUAUUAGAAGGCUGUGCAGAACCCAAUUUAGGCUGUUGCAUUUUAUUGCGCGGCGCAUCUCAACAAGAGCUGAUUCGCGUGAAGAAAGUUGUCAAAUUCAUGUUGCUCGCCUGCUAUAAUUGGAAAUUAGAGAAGGCGUUCUUGGGUGACAUUGAAGCAGUGUUACCAGAACCGGGGAUGAGUUUCAUCGAUGAUCAACCAACGGAUCCCAAGGCAGACGCAGAAGAGAAAGGUGAUGGCAUAGAAUUGGCUGAAGCUGUACUUGAAAGAGUCAAUACAAAUGUCUCGGAUGAUAGUGAUGACAUUUUCAUGAAUGUCAAAAGUAAUACUUUGGAAGACAAGCACGAUGUUGAGGAAAUGAAACAAUUGGAAAAUAAAGAAAACGAUACAAAUACUGAAUUGACAGAUGACAUAACUAAUGAUAAUUCAAAUCGAUUAAGUGAAACAACGAAAGAGGUUAAAGAAAUCGAUGAUCCGUUAAUGUCUAAACAAUUCGGGCGUAAAACUGAGAGUGACAAAACACUAAGUUGCGGAGUCCCUAUCAGAGAUUUUAGUGACCCACUACGGUCUACGAUGUCGAUGGAAGACGACGUGUUUUUGACGGAAGAAGCAGAGUUAAAAGCAGACACCAAGAGUGAGAGGUGGUGUACAGAUGACGUGAUUUUGUCGAUGUCUCCCAACAUUGUGAUUCCAGCACCAUCUCGCCCUUUGAAGCCUCAACCACCCGUCACUCCCCGAGAUUUACGAGUGCAAGAUGGUACCAAACCAAAUUCACCGGUAUUAAAGGACCCACAUCCAUUCGUGAAGUUACCUAUCACGUCACCUGCGGAUGACAUGUCGACGAGGAGACUUCUAGCAAACUUCAGAGCAACGGGUUCGCGUCUGGUCUGUGAUAAACAUAAACCCCAGUGCCCCAGAUACAAUCCAUUCAUAUUAAAACCGACACAAAGUGAGAGUGAGGUGAACAAGAAGAAGGAUGUUGUGGAGUCCUUAAAUCCACUGGACCCGGAGAACCAUCAGAAGCUCAGUUUGUUGCUUUAUAGUUACAGCAACAAGUCGCCCAAUGUUCCUGACUUCUGCGUGAAUCCUUGGAUAGUAACGAUGGAAAUGUAUGGACGUCACGACAUAUCGUUGGGCGCUUUCUUAGAGAAAUACUGCUUUAACUCAGAUCACAAGUGUCCUUCUCCUAAUUGUCACGUGCCUAUGAAUCAGCACAUCCGCAGAUUUGUUCAUGGCGACGUGUGUAUCACAAUCACGUGUAAUACUAUUGGACAUAGCAAUGUCGACAAAACAAGAGAUGAUCAGAAUAAACAGGUGAUGUUCUGGUCUCGAUGCGAGGUCUGCAGUUCGAUAUCCCGCGGUGUGCCCUUGUCCCGGUCGUCUUUAGGUCUCUCACUAGCUCAGUACGUUAGACAACGCGUCGCAGCGCCGCGUUAUGGGAGAAAGCUAUGCGCACAUCCGCUGAACAAACACUCGCAUGCGUUUGUUACUCGUUUGACUACUGCCUGCUUCAGGUAUAACAAGAUCAAAACGUAUGGUAUCCAACUACCUCCGGAUGUGAUAGCGAUCGACUAUGACACAAAGCAAAUGCGCGAUUCGCUUAUAGCACAUCUAAAUGAACUCAUGCUUAAAGGUCACGAAGCUUUAAGUGGUCCAGAAAAAGGAGAAGCAGAACGCGAAUACUUAGCCUUUAAACAGCACAUGGAACAGAUACAUCUAGGGCUCACCGCUCCUGCACAUCCUAAUACUUCUGUGACAGAGGUCGUACGACGGCUGUGGAACGUGUAUGACAAUAUAAUAACUGGCGAGAAAAUGCUGCGAGACGCGCAGGACAAAUUUUCCAUUAGUAUGAAGACAAAGGUCCAAAUUGAAGCUAAUGUGGAAGAGAGGACGGACUCGGAAGACUCCACUGGCGACUCUUCAAAUGAAAUUACAGAUGUAAAUUCAGAGAAAGAACAUACAGGUACGGAGGAAGAAGAAGAACGCGGCGAUAAGAAAACAGUGAAACAGAUUCUGUCUCAACUUCUCACUAACAACCAGCCAUCUAAUCAGGCCGGCAUGAUAAUAUCGAGUGGAGUGUUACCAGUUUUGGUGAAAGCGGGCGAAAUUGGAUCUGUUAUUGCGGCAACAUUGGCCUCGGUUACCUAUCAACUUUCUUUACAACAACAUAAGCAUCGACACAGCACUCAAACGGAGCAAGAAGAACACGAUUUGACGUCUAGUAAAGAUAAAGUUGACGGGGAUAAAGCGAAAGCAAAGUCAAACGAACAUAUUGAAGUCCUGCUAAAGGACGGCUUGGUAUGUCGCGUGUAUUACGCGGUGCAGUUCCACAAAUUGCGACACAUGUUACUAGCAGGCAUAAGUGGUGAACAAAAGACCGAAAGAGAUGAGAGUAGAUGCUGUGAUCCGCAUAGGGAGAAAGAAAAUAAGGGCGUUUGCGAAAUAGAAGAGGGCUUCAUUCGUUCGUUAGCUCAAUGUGUGCCCUGGGCAACGAGAGGGGGGAAAUCUGGUUCGACUUUUUGUAAAACGAAAGAUGAUAGAUAUGUCCUAAAGGAGAUGACGAAACCGGAGUGGCAACAGUUUUUGGAGUUUGCCCCACAUUAUUUCAACUAUGUCACCAAUUGCCGAACGAACAAGUUGCCUAGCCUACUUGCGCGUAUCCUGGGCGUGUUCAGCGUCGGAGGGGCGGGUAGCGGCGUGCUUGUUAUAGAACACGUGUGGUAUGGACCUUCUCGUGGUGUCCUCUCAAGAUUUGAUCUCAAGGGUGCCGCUCGACACCGCCUGGCCAUGGGGGCCGCUUCAGCGCCACCGCACCAGGCAGUACUCGUCGACGAUAAUCUUUUGGCGUUGCGCUGGGAGCGACAAUUGUACGUAGAGAGUACUACUGGCAGCAGACUCUGGGCCAGUCUCGAGCGUGACACGUCGUUCCUCGCUCAGCACCACGUGAUGGACUAUUCGCUGUUGCUCGGCAUUCAAGACGACACCCUUGUGUUGGGAAUUAUCGAUUACAUUCGAACAUUCACCUGGGACAAGAAGUUAGAACACCUGGUGAAGAAGAACCUUGGCUCCGGUCAACCGACGGUGGUUUCGCCGGAGCAGUACAAGAGGCGCUUCUGUGCUGCCGCGCGGAAGUACUUCCUCCAGUGCCCUGAACAUUGGCACCAACUGUACGAACAGGAAUCUUAG